UUGCACACAGCUUCUGUUAAGAUCAGUGGAGGUUUCUUGUGUGGACCAAGGCCUCUGUCUGUGUCAGAGCCAUGGAGAAAAGCUGGAAAGUUGGCCAAGAGGCAGCACUGACCCCGCUCUGCCCAACAGAGGAUCAAUGGGGAAGAGGUAUUUCUGUGACUACUGUGACCGAUCCUUUCAAGACAAUCUUCACAACAGGAAGAAGCACCUGAACGGGGUGCAGCACCUGAGGGCCAAGAAGGCCUGGUAUGACCUGUUCCGAGAUGCUGCUGCUGUCCUGCUGGAGGAGCAAAGCAAGAAGCCCUGCAGGAAAUUUCUGCAAACAGGGCAAUGCGACUUCGGGUUCAACUGCAGAUUCUCUCACAUGACUGAGGAGGAUCUGGAGAAGCUGAACGCACAGGUACAAGUUACGGGCUCCUUGCUGCGUUGCGUCCCUCAUGCUCAUAGUACUGAUGCGCCCCAAUCUCUCUCGUCGGCCCUGGCAAGCCCAUACAGAUGUGGGAGAGAGCUGGAGUCCCUUCAGAUUCAUGCAGUGCUGCAGAGGAGCCAGAGAAGUUCUGGUUGCAGAAGCUUCCUAACCAGAGAGCGGCCCAAAGUUCAGAUCUGGAUCUCAACUUGCUCAGGAUGCGUUGGGCUGCUCUGCUCUGAAGGAGGAAAGGAGAUCAAAGGAGGAGGGAGCAGAGCUCCCAGUUGGCACAGUAGAGGACUGGCUGGAGAAGAGAGAAAAGAGGGUGAGCUUGGCUCAGAGCAACAGUUCUCUGACGGAGAAGAUGUUGGUUUUUCAGUACCCCCCUGGCUGGCCUCCAAUACAGGACCUUCCCCCAUCCCUUCAGGCUCCACCUCCUGGAGGAUGGCCAGUCUUACCCAACCUCCAGUGGGGAUGAAGGCUGCAGGGGAGUGAGAUGCAAGAAGAAGGGGUAGAUGUGUGGAGUUAUGCUUCAUGGAGAAGAAAGGGAGUCUGGUUGUUGUAGGAUAUGUUCAGUGUUACUUCAUAUAUAUAUUUUUUUAAAUGAAUAAAAGUCACUUGAGUCA